AUGGGCAAGAAGAAGUCUUCGACCGACCCGGACGCGCCGAUGCCCAACCUCCGGGACCAGGGGGGUUUGGCGGCGGUCGCGCGCAUGGUGGAGCUGCAGCGGAAGGCGGAGGCGGCCGCGCCGACGCCGACGGUGACGAUUGCAAAUCCCCCCGCCUUCACCCCCGGCUUCCUCGACCGAAAGCCGGACAAGAAGGACAAGAAGGACAGGAAGGACAAGAAGGACAAGAAGGACAAGGAGGACAAGGAGGACAAGGAGGACGAAAAGGACUUCAAACCCGGCUUCCUCGACCGCAAGCCAGAGAAGAAGGAGAAGAAGGAGAAGAAGGAGAAGAAGGAGAAGAAGGAGAAGAAGGACAAAAAGGACGACGGGCGGGAGAAGAAGGAGAAGCGCAAGCCCGCCGCGGAGGAGCCCAAGCCCGACGCCGCCGGGAAGAAGGUCAAGCCCACGAAGCCCAGGACGUACCCGCGCAACCCCCACGCGGUCAACCCCGACGAUUCGGACGACGAGGAAUUUCGCCUCCCCAACCCCAUGAAGGUCAAGAUGCCCGAGGUGCUCGCGCCGGACACGGACGAGAGCUUCUCCACCGACUCCGAGUCGGGCCUCGUCAACGGGUACAAGAUGGACACCUCCGACGACGAAAAAUGGAUCGAGGUUGGCAGAAAGUGGCGCGAGGGCAUCUUAGGGGACGUCAAGGCUCGGCACAAGGCUUUGAUGCUCGACGCGGACAAGCUCGACGCCAUCUGCGCCAAGACCCGCGAGACGUAUCAGCAUUUUUUAUCCGUCGACAUGGUCAAGGAGAGCAUCUACGGCGACGACGGCGUCAACCACGGCGACUGCGGCGAGCACCUCUUCAUCCGAUGCGGCCGCGUCGCGGGACGGUGCACCGAGCUCGCCAAGAAGGCCAUCCGGUGGUCGCACGUGCUGAUGGGCUCGAGGGCGGAUGCGUCGGUGACGGAUCUUGCGCAGACUUUAGCGGAGGACCUUCGCAUGAAAGAACACGCCAUCGGAACGCUCAUCGGGUACAACCGGCUGUACGAGCAGGUGCAGAAACACAACGCCCUGUGCUGGGGCCGGGCGCGUAACGCCGUGGAGGACCACGAGAAGGCGGUGGCGAAGAUGCUCGGCCAGCCGCCGCCCGACCACUCGAAGAUCCCGCGGUCGAAGAAGAACUGGGUCGACGAGCUGUCGCACCCGCUCGAGAUUCCCCCGGAGAGCGACUCGGAGGAGACGAAGGAGAAGAAGCGGCGGGGAAUCGUGGAGAAGGACGGGGUGACGUUCGAGGAGUACUACGCCAACGCGAUGAUAAACCUGUUCGGGGAUGAGCUCGCGGAGUGGCAAAAGGAGGACGCUGGCAAGACGGACGUGAGCCUCAUCAUGCGAGCCAUCCAGUCGGGCGCGGACGUCAUCCCGACGCUGCAGAAGGAGCUCAUGAUGCAGUACGAGUCGCUGGGGGACCUGAAGGACCUGAAGAGCGGCGGCGGCGAGGCGCUGCAGCGGAACCAGAUGGGGGACGUCGAAGGGGACGUCGACAUGGACGACGCCGACGACACGGCUGGCGGGGGGGACCGGGACGGUUCGGGGAGCGAGCUGUCGGGUCUCGGGAGCGACGACGAGAGGCUCGCCACGAAGAAGCGCAAAGCGGGAGAGGAGGACGAGGAGGCGGAGAUUCUCAAGGCGAUGGGCGCCGGAUCGACUUACUCGUACUCGGGGGACUCCGACGACAUCGACGACGACGACGGCGACGAUAGCGGCGACGGCGAUGACGGCGGCGACAGCGAUGACGACGGCGGCGACUCCGACGAGGGUGACGAGGAGGAGCAGUCGGACCCGGACGAUGCGGUAGACUACGCCGUGACCCCGAUGGCGCACUAA